UGACAGUGACUAUCAGUGACGUCAUUUCAGUUGCUGGUGUUGUUUUUGUCGCUAUUUUGAGUUGUCCCUUUAGAUGGAAGUAUCUCCAAAAAACCAUGCAUAAAUUAACUGAGAUAGAUGAAAUGAUUGGAAUCGUGACAAUUAAAAAAUUGCAAAGAAAGGCCAUCAUCCUAAUUACCUGCACAUUAGGAUUUAUAACAGUGCUUUCCAUCUGUGAUUAUUUCACAUGGUUGCAUUCAAACAAGAAAAAAAAUUUAACUCCCCGUGUGGACAGAGGUCCUCUUAAUUACACUCCAAUUUACUUCAUGUAUUUUGUGAUUACUGUAUUUGAUAUUCAAUACGCUUUGGCGAGUUUUCACAUUGGUGAACGUUUUGCAAGGAUGAAUCAAAUUAUUGAGAGGUUUUUGAAGAGUUAUAAAAUUAGCGAUUACUUCAAAAGAGAUUUAGGACUAGUUGGAGAAUUUAAACACCAACGACAAAUGGCAUCAAUCAUGGCAUCAGAUACACGAAGUCUUCCAGGUCGAGAAACAAAAGUCUUCGAUUGGCUCGUCGCUGGAAACGAUAAUAAAAGUAUAGCUGAUGGAGUAUCACUACUGAUUACUUUACACGGAAAUCUCUGUCAAAGUACACUAUUAUUAAAUACUGGAUUUGGAAUACCUUUACUUUUUAACAUUUUGAGCUGUCUACUUCAUUUAAUUAUUACCCCCUAUUUUGUCUAUAUUGAAGUUCAUGAUGAACAUUGCAGUUACAGAGUUAUUACCAUGCAAAUUUUAUGGAUUGUUUUUCACAUGAUGGGUCUUUUAGUUACAGUACAACCAUGUUACUGGUCCUGUGUACAGGCUAAAGAAACAGGAGUAAUAAUCAGUGAAUUGCUGACCUUAAAAUGGGAUAUAGAAAUUCGAAAACAACUAGAGAUUUUUUCUUUGCAAAUGCUGCAUAGACCUUUGGAAUUUUCUGCAUGCGGCCUUUUUAUCAUGGAUAGGACCUUGGUAACAUCGAUUGCAGGGGCUGUAACAACCUAUCUGGUUAUUUUGAUUCAGUUCCAGAGCGGAGAUGAUGAUGAUAAUCAAAAUGUGGCAUUAAAAAAUGCAACAGACAUUCUAAAAACUUUGACGGCUGAUGUUUUAAAGAAUUCCUAAUAGAAUAUUAAUUUUGACGAAUUAAACAUUCUCUGAAAAUAAUUUUGGUACAAACGAAUUUUUUUCUUGAAAAUUAUUUAUUUUCAAGUGUUUUAGGCGUUAACAAUUUUUUAAAAUAGUUUUGAAACAUUAUUUAAGUUAUACGUUUCAUGGCGUAAUUGUGAAAACUACAAAUAUAUUGUUCAUUGAUACAUAAGCAGGGGUUGUUUUUCAUACAAGAAUAUGUAUCACAGUGCAAAUGCUAGAUACUUUUAUUGCGUGCCUCGUUGCAUCUUUAUAUAUAUUUUUUAUGCAUGUAGAUUUCAAUUAUAAAAAAUAAUAAAUUGAAG